AUGGUGCAAGCUAUAAAACUAAGUGAGUUGACUAACAGAAAAAGAGCCAACGAGGAGGGUGACGUAGAGGAUGACUCCGAAAUUGAUAUUAGCAGCACAGAUUCUGAAAAUGAAGAAGCUGAAGGCAAUGAGGAAGAAAUUGUUAACAUCGACUUUGACUUCUAUAAUGGCAAUUCAGAGGUUGAUUUCCAUGCUUUAAAAAAUCUUUCACGUCAACUGUUUGGCCCACAGGAAAGUAACCGGAUCCAACUAAGUGCGUUGGCCGAUUUGAUGUUAGCCUCUCCUAUGACUACCAUCAAAACGGACGGAACAGAAUCCGAUCCUUAUUGUUUUCUUUCUUUGAUUAAUUAUAAUGAGAAUCGUGAUAGCGACUAUGCUAAAUAUUUGAAGAAAGUGGAUCCGAAAUUAAUGACUUUCUUACAAACAGUAGAUGGUAACGUGAACAAGAAAUGUGCACUAGUUCUUAGUGAGCGUCUGAUUAACAUGCCCGCUGAAGUGGUACCUCCACUAUAUAAGAUUACAUUAGAAGACGCUUCUAACGUAUUGGACAACAACCACUACGACUUCUAUGUUAUUGUUAGCAGAAAAUACGAGGUAAACUUCGAUAUGGAUGAAGACGAGGAAAGGAGAUCCAAGAAAAGAGUGAAGAAUGAUGAAAUUGACUACUUCCAUGAAGAAGACAGAUUUUUUGAAAGAAAUGCCAAACUUCACUUCCAAUCACCGGCUAAAAAAGGUAUAAUAAGCACCUACACAGUCAUGGACCAUGACGGACUUCUCAAGAGUCUCACUGAGCUCGAAGAGGAGAUUGCUAAAUGGUAG